UUCCCGACAGUGUGCUUUUGGUCGCAAGAUGGGAACGUUGUGUUACGUAUUGUUAGUGGUUGUCGCGGCACAUGCGCACACCCACAAUCACAACCACAACCACAACCAUGAUCAUAAACAUCGUAAUCACAAUCACCAAGAUGUCCCAGAAUCACAGCAGCCUGUAGUAGUAUCACCCUCCGGAGAGUUUCGCGGUAGCUAUAAUACAACGCGUCGUGGUCGCCAGUUUGAGUCAUAUCGAGGAAUAUAUUAUGCUGAACCACCGGUGGGAGAACUGAGGUUUCAGCCACCCAAACUAAUCCUCGAGUAUAAAACCCCGGUAGACGCCAGUGAAGAUGGGCCAGCCUGCCCACUGUUGGUCGACAAUUACUACAUGGAUGAAAACUGUCUCACCAUUAAUGUUUAUACUCCACUUAAAAAGGACAGGUCCAAGCCGUUGCCCGUUAUUUUCUUCAUGCACCCUGGAGGAUUUUACGCGAUGACGGGCCGUAGUGACCUAGCUGGUGCACAUUAUCUACUCGACCGUGACAUUGUGCUAGUUACCAUCAACUACAGACUUGGCUCUCUCGGUUUUCUAAGCACCGGCGAUGAGCUGGCCCCCGGUAACAACGGUUUUAAAGAUCAAGUGGCAGCACUUAAAUGGGUUCAACGGAACAUUGCCGCAUUUGGAGGAGAUCCUAACAGUGUAACUAUAACCGGCUGCAGUGCUGGAUCUACAAGUGUUAUGCUGCACAUGAUUUCUCCUAUGUCUAAAGGUCUUUUCCACCGAGGCAUUUCCAUGAGCGGGUCUCCCGUAAACAAAGGUCCCACCCCAGACAAUCUCUAUCAUUUGGCUGUUAGACAGGCUGAAAUACUAAACUGUCCCACAAACAACUCUAAAGUAAUUAUUGAUUGUCUUAAGACUAAACAUUGGAGAGAACUUGGAUCCUCUUUGCCAGGAUUCUAUGAAUUUGGUAACGACCCUGUCAGUUUUUGGAUACCCAUCAUAGAGAAAGAUUUUGGCCAAGAAAGGUUUUUACCCAUUGAUCCAGUGGACGCAAUACGUGAGGGAAAGAUGCACGCUGUUCCGCAUAUUAUCAGUCAGACGGAGGAUGAGUUCUUCUGGAUGGCAUUAACGGUUUUGAAAAACAAAACUCUGACUGAUAAAAUGAAUGCUGAAUGGGAAAAAAUUGCUCCAAUCUCCUUCCUACUGAAUCGCGAAAACGCCACGUAUGCAACGCAGAGACUACGCACUGCAUAUUUACACGACAAACCGCUGAAAAAUGAUGCAGAGAGUGCUAAAAAUCUUGGUUUAUUAUAUCAAGACUCCAUCGAAAGCUUUCCUGUUCACAGAAUGGCGAACCUUAUGUGCCGCCACUCUCCGCAUCCGGUAUGGUACUACCAGUUUAGUUACAUCGGUAACCAUAGCUUCUACGAGGAUUCUGUCACUAAGAAGCCAGUUGCGGCGGCUCAUCACGACGAUCUGAUUUACUUGUUUCCCUUGAGUUUCGGUUUCCCCGGCAUCUCCACCGAGGGACUCGACGCAGUCCUUGUGGAAAGGAUGACGGGCAUUUGGUACAACUUCGCUAGAUACGGGGACCCGAAUCCUCGUGGUGAUAUCCCUGAACUGGAAGGCCUGCAUUGGCCUGCUAUGAAGCCCGAUGACCGCAAGUACUUGCGCAUUGGCAACGACUUAACCAUACACGAAAAUAUGAAGGAGGAAAGAAUUAAGGUCUGGGAAGAACUAUACCCCAUCAAAUAUUACAAAACAGGCUGCAAGAUGAGAACGUGGUUCUGCGUUCUACUAGUGACUGUUGGUGCUUACGCGCAUGGUUAUAAACAUGCACAUCAUAACCAUGGAGAACGGCAUGGACACCAAGCAGAGCCCCAACAACCAGUGGUAGUAUCGCCCUUUGGAGAAUUUCGUGGAGGAUACAAUGUAACGCGUCGUGGCCGCAGGUUUGAAACCUAUCGCGGUAUACGCUACGCCGAGCCACCAGUGGGCAACUUAAGGUUUCAGCCACCCCAACCAAUUGUUAACUACAAAACCCCAGUAGACGCAAGUGAAGAUGGUCCGGCGUGCCCUCAACCUACCGAACCGGGUUACUACGUUGAUGAGGACUGCCUUACUAUUAAUGUGUACACUCCGCUUAAAAAUAACAGGUCCACACCGUUACCUGUGAUAUUCUACAUCCAUGCUGGUGGAUAUUACUCUGUAACAGGGCGCAGUGAUCUUGCCGGCCCGCACUACCUUCUUGAUCGUGACAUCGUCUUAGUUACCAUCAACUACAGGCUCAGCUCGCUUGGUUUUCUGAGCACCGGUGAUGAGCUAGCCCCGGGCAAUAAUGGCUUGAAAGAUCAAGUGGCUGCAUUAAAAUGGGUGCAACGCAACAUUGCUGCUUUCGGUGGUGAUCCAAAUAGCGUUACGAUUGCAGGCUGCAGUGUGGGUUCUAUGAGUGUAAUGCUGCAUAUGAUCUCACCCAUGUCUAAAGGACUAUUCCAUCGUGGCAUUUCAAUUAGUGGGUCGCCAGUCUUUGCGUUCCCUUCACCGGAUAACCUGUACCAUUUGGCAGAGAAGCAAGCUCGUCUGUUGAACUGUCCUACCGACAAUUCUAAAGUAAUAGUCGACUGUCUAAGGACGAAGUCUUGGCGGGAGCUUGGAGACUCAUUAGAUGGGUUCAGUGAAUUCGCCUACGAUCCAAUUAUGAUCUGGUGGCCAGUAGUAGAGAAAGAUUAUGGUCAAGAGAGGUUUUUAACGAUGGAACCACUUAAUGCUAUCCGCGAGGGGAAGAUGCAUGCUGUACCGCACAUCAUCAGUCAGACGACAGAUGAAUUUUUCUGGAAGGCUUACACGGUACUAGAGAAUCAGACCCUCACGGAUCAAAUGAAUGCAGAAUGGGACAGAGUUGCGCCAAUAGCAUUCAUAAUGCCACGAGAAAAUCCAAGACGCGCUACUCAGAAACUUUUUUCUGAGUACCUUCACAACCGACCGGUGCAAAAUGACACUGAUAGCGCUACAAAUCUUGGCUUAUUGUACACAGAUGGAGUUGAAAGUUUCCCAGUCCACAGGAUGGCCAAUCUGAUGUGUCGUCACUCACCUCAUCCUGUAUGGUACUAUGAGUUCAGCUACAUUGGUGCCCACAGCCACUAUCAGGAUCCUGUCACUAAGAAACCAGUUGGUGCUGCUCAUCAUGAUGAUCUAAUUUACCUAUUUGCAUUGAGAGCCUUCCCCAAUAUUGCAACAGAGGGACGUGAUGCUGUACUUGUCGACCGGAUGACAGCAAUCUGGUACAACUUUGCUAGAUACGGUGACCCAAAUCCUCGUGGCGACGUUCCGGAGCUCGAGGGUCUAGAAUGGCCGGCCAUGAAACCCGACGAGCGCAAGUAUCUGCGUAUAUCUGAUGACCUUACAGUGCACAACAACUUGAAAGAAGACAGAAUUAAAGUUUGGGAGGAAUUAUAUCCCAUUGAAUAUUAAUCUACUUUCAAUAAACUAUUAAAAUAUAUCUUUUGUAUCUGAAUUCUGUA